CAUAGCAGCAUUUGCAAAGACACCUCAAUGUUCUACAGAAAUCCCGAAGUAACGUACACGUUUCUAUAAAACCUCAAACUGACAUUAAUGGUGUGAAGGUAUGUGUAGCUCCCUCUGGUACAGUUUUCUGUCAUUUUAAACUCAGUGACAAUUUUUGUUCAAUGUGCCAGGUGAGAAAGAUCUACUCUACAAUGAGUUGGGUUUUUGGAGACUUCAGAAGGAAAUUGCACAUUUUGACCAUGAAGGCGUGUAAUGAAUACCUUUUGUGGCUUCUGGUAAAAUUUUGUUAUUUUCUCUGAAUUUAAUAAUUUACCAUCAAUUUCAGAGAGAUUUGGUGAUUGAAUUGCUAUUUUAACAGAUUCCAACCAUAAUAUUUUUAAAACAAUUUUAGUCUAAAUUUAAUCUGCUAUCAAAGCAAUGUAAGUGACUGUUUAUUGAGUGUUCAGUAAAAAUAGUCAUCCUUUUGGCUGUUUCCCUUUGUACACCUUUAAGGUAUGUAUGGUAUUUGUUGUUACUUUAAUGUAUUGUUUGUAAACUCCACCCUGGAACAAAAUAUUCUAUAAACCUGUUCUGUUUCUUCCUUUCCCAAUAGCGACGUUGGUCAAGCUACGUACUCUUUGUCUGAAAGCUUCAGUGGUAAAAGGUAACAAGUCAACGUUCAGAGAGAGAGAUUGUAUUGGAAGAAUGGAUUCCGAAAAGAAAUCUUUAAACCCAGAUGAUCACGAUCUAUAUUCUAAUCACACAAUGACUCCAAGCAUUCCUCAGGAAGCCCCUCCAUAUACUCCCCCAAUGCUAAAUACAGAGCCGAAGGUGAUCACAAUGCCUCCUCCUUACUCGCCAAAUGACAUCAACAUCGUGAAUACGGUGGUUGUGAAAAAGGCCGGUGGGGCUGGUCUGGCUAAACACUACAAUGAUUAUAUGGCGCUGUCCAUCAUCAUGCUCCUCUUUUUCUGUCUGCCCUUCGGAAUCGCUGCCCUUGUGUUUUCCUGCAAGGUAAUGUGGGUCUGUUGGGGUCAGAUUCAGUAUAAUAUUGUUUGUCAAGUGGGAAUAAUAACGUAAAUGUCAGUUAAAACAAGGUGGGGGUUUUGAUUAUAGAAAUCAUGUAAUAGAUAUGUAAGAAAAAUGUUUUAUAUAGAAAUUGUGUACGCAUUGAGUGUGGGAGAAAUAACGUCACUAUUAUUCACCAAUUCAAAUACAAAAAAAAGUAAAGUAAAAGUAAAUGAAGCAUCAAAGAUCACACGUUUCUUUCUGGGUGGAGGGUGGAGUGACUGACAGCCUUCGCAGCACCCGAAUGUUGCACUAUAAAGGCCAUGGUGUACCAGUAACAUUGCCAGGGUAAAAAAUGUAAAACAGACUUCAGCUCAAAAAUCAUUUGGUGACUUUUUCCAAAAGCCUCGACCUGCCCCCUCCUCAAACACCACCCUUUAACAUACCUCUUGACACACACACACAGUUACUUACAUAUAUACAAAUACACACAGAAAUGUAUAAAUACACACAGGCAAAAAUAAAGACACACACACAGUUACUUACAUAUAUACAAAUACACACAGAAAUGUAUAAACACACACAGGCAAAAAUAAAGACACACACACGAAUAGACACACAGGCACAGACUCAAACACACUGGCACACACAAACAGGUACAACGGACACAGACAAGCAUAGAAAGGCAUACAUGCACACUCACAGGCACAGACAGCCAGGUGCAUACAGACACAAACAGACACAGUAAUUUACAAAUAAUCAGACACAGACAAAAUACAGGCACAUGCAGACACAGAUAUACAGGCGUUCACAGAAAAACACAAACAGGCACAUUUAGAUACAGGCAGAUACAACAAAAGCACAAACAGGUACAUAUAGACAAAUACAGGUACACUCAGGCAUAGAGAGACAGAAGCAGAAAGACAGAGACAGUUACACUUAGGAAGAAAGACAGGCACAUACAGACACACACAGACACAAAGAAGCACAAACAGAUACAAACACGCACAGGCAGAUACAAAAGGUCACAGACAGUUACACACAGACAAAAACACAAACAUACUGCUACAGACAGACAGAAAAAGGACCAAGCAGAAAGAGACAGGUACACUCAGGUACAAAAAGACACAAAUGGAUAUAAUCUGACACACACAGAGAAAACCAGGUACACACAGGCACAGACUGAGACAAGCACAAACAGACACAGAAAGGUACACCCAGACUCACACAUGAAUAGAGAAAUGACGACAGACACACAGAUAAGGUAGUAAUGAAUGAUGAACACAACCAACUAAGAUAAAAAGCACUUUAUUAUACUGGUACAAAAAUCACAGGUAUCAGCAAAUAUCGAACUGCAAAUCUCGGUAUAAAUAUAUCACAUAUAUACAAUCAAUAUGAGGACUAUAACCCAAUCAGAAGAUAAAACUAACCACUCCUGGAGAUGCCGACUAAAUAGUACCAAUCCAGAUACAAAAGAGAAUGGAUACCUGUAAACAAAUGUUCACCAAAUAAUACAUACCAGAAACAACUGAACCUAUCAAAGUGAAUGAGAGGAGGGUGAAAAAGUCACAGAAUAGCCCCCAACAUUUUGGCGUGUAUGCUUGUAUGCUCCCUUGAAAAGGCGUACACCCCGAAACAUUGGGGGCUAUGCAGGUCUGCCCCUUUGCGAGGAUCCAGUGAUGCAGUUUGCAACCCUGGACUGCCCCUUUUUACCUCACUUAGUGGUGUCCCGAUUCACAGGAUCCCGAUGGUGGGGGCUAGGAAUUCGCUCUUAAGUAAUUAACCCUGUAAUAUAAAUUUUAAAAAAUCUUUUGCUUUUUUACUCUUACAGAUGCGAAAAUCUAUGCAGCGUGCGGACAUGAUUUCAGCAGAGAAGGAAUCGCGCAUUGCGUUCAUACUGAACAUGGUGGCCCUCACCCUGGGACUCCUGGCACACGCAACCUGGAUUGGCCUUCUCAUACAUGCAGUGAUAGCCGCCAAGUGCUCGCCGCAAGGGGCCAGUUAUGAGUCAUUCCAAAAUGGAAUGAAUCAUGAAUUCAACCAUGAGCAUCAUGAAGGCUGAUUGGUUUAUUAAAUAUUCAUUAAUAAUUGUAAAACCACGCAUAUUGAUUAAUCAGUCACUUAUAAUUGACCUGUACUCUUACAAACUAUGUCUCUGACUGUUCUGACAGUUUCUGAAACCAUUCUUGGCCUUCCAAAUGAAGGCUGGGCGACUGUCUCGUUAUCUGUAUCAACGAGCACCUACUUACAAAUACACGUCUGUGCAUUAAUCUAAUCCCACUUUCCGAAUAAAGAUUUGACAUAUUUGCAACAGCAUACAAACAA